GCGGGGAAGGAGAGGAGGAGGGAGGACGGAGAGCAUAGUUUAACUAGAACCCAUCGGCUAACGGAAAGUGGAGGGGGCGGGUCGGGUCUGGAAAGUAAGUCUCGCGAGAAGCGGGGGCUCCGGCCUCUCUCGGCCGGAGAGGGGCGGGUACCCCGAGUGGACACCACGUGGGAAGCGGAGCCUGGGACCGAGAGAUUAGAUCCUGAGCCGCGGAGAUGCGGAAGGAGUCGCAGCAGUCGCUGUCUCAGCAGUCGCUGUCGCAGCAGUCGCUGUCGCAGCAAUCGCAGCAGUCGCAAUCGCAGCAGUCGCUGCCACCGCAGUCGCAGUCGCCGUCGCCGCCGCCGCAGCCGCCGAGUAUGCCUCCCGACGCCCCGGAAUGGAACCUGCCUCCCAACGCGCCGGCCUGCAUGGAGCGGCAGCUAGAGGCGGCGCGCUACCGGUCCGAUUGCUCCCUGCUUCUGGGCGCGUCCAGCCUUAGCGGCCGCAGCUGGGCCGGCUCCCUGUGGCUGUUCAAAGAUCCCAACGCGGCCCCCAACGAGGGUUUCUGCUCGGCCGGAGUCCAGACCGAAGCCGGGCUGACUGACCUCUCCUGGGUAGGGAACCGGGGCAUCCUCGUGGCCUCAGACUCGGGUGCUGUGGAACUGUGGGAACUGGACGAGGGUGAGAGACUUAUCGUCAACAAGUUCUGCAAAUAUGAGCAUGAUGACAUAGUGACCAGUGUUAGUGUUCUCGUCACUGGCACACAGGCUAUCAGCGGCAGCAAAGACUUCUGCAUAAAAUUUUGGGACCUUUCAGGAGAGAGAAUGCUAACCUCCUAUAGAGCUCACUCUGGCCCCGUCUCCAGCGUUGCUGCUUCUCCCCACAAGGAGGCUCUGUUCCUGUCCUGCGGGGAGGACAACAGAGUUUUACUGUGGGAUCUCCGAUGCCCCAAGCCAGCUUCACAUGUUGGCCAAAGUGCCUCCCAUCACCUUCCUACCUCACUGGCCUGGCAUCCUCAGAAGGAACGCGUUUUCACUUUUGGUGAUGAGAAUGGCACUGUCUUCCUUGUGGACUUCAAGAACCCCAACUCGAUCCUCUCCUCAUCUGUGCACUCCCAAAGCGUCACGAGGCUGGUGUUCUCACCUGAUAGUUCGCCCCUCCUGGCAUCCCUCAGUGAAGACUGUUCCGUAGCUGUGCUUGAUUCUGGACUUUCAGAGGUGUUUAGAAGCCGGGACCACACAGACUUUGUGAGAGAUGCUACAUGGUCCCCAGUCAACAACCAGUUGCUCACAACUGUGGGCUGGGACCAUCAGGUUUUCCACCACACUGUGCCCUCAGAACCAGCUAUAAUUCCUGAUCCAGAUGGUGCCAGCAACUAGAUUGGAUUUGAGGCAGAAAAGGCAAAAAAAAUCCUACAAAUCCAUACCCACUUACUCCUUGGUUUGUGAGAAGACAAGUCCUGUAUGUAGCAGGUUUGGUCUGUUAGAGCUGAGCAGUUGGGAGACACUGAGUUUCUCUGCCUGGGGUCCUGUAGACUCAUAAGGAAACAGCCAUUUAUUUUUUUAGAUUAUAUUUAAAUUUUUUUAAAAUGAUAAUCCGGGACCGUUGUUCCCACAUCUAGUUACCUCCCCUCCCCUCCUCUUGUUGCUCCUUCCCAAACGUACAUAAAAAGGUAUAAAAGAGUGUCCUCCUGUGCCCUUUGGGGGUUUUGGUUAUUGUGAUUAUAGAAACCAGAAAUUCCCAGUUUGGGGAACCCCAGGACAGCCUCUUGCCUUAGUCAUUUGAUGUAGUUUCUUUCCCUUGGUAUGAAUCCUUGCUUGGUAGAGCAGGAAGGAUACCUUCUUGCCCUAAUCACAAGAGACUAGUUCAGUGUUAUGUUUUGGCUGAGUGCCAGUGGGGUUAGUUAGACUUGGUUUAGGGGUGUCCAGGCGGAUUUGAGGAGAAAAUGGGAAGUGGGGACAAGACAGAAAACUGACAGACUAGAAGAGGGGGAGGGUUUGGGGAUCUGUUCUCUGGUACCAGCCUGUCCUGACCACCACCUCCUGAGGCUUCUCAGCUUUCAGAAGUUGGCUUGCUAUGGUUAGGGCCAUGUCAAGGAUAGAUUUCGUUGCCACGAGCCAUCCCAAUGGAGAAUCUGAGAUGACGUGGUGAAAUAAAAUUCUCUGUUUUAGGA